AUGUCGACUCGUUUGGCUGAAGAGUGGGAAUCCAUCCCGGAGCUUCGACGCCUAGCUCAGAAGCUGGUGCUUGUUCAAGUUACUGGGACUGGGACUACCAGGGAGAGCAUCGUGCAGAAUGAGGCGGUUAUCAAACCUGCUUUGCAUCACCUGGGGAUGCGACCGAGUGUGCAGACGUGUAUGCUGCAUAUCAAAGCGUUUUUCGAUUUGAUGCAGCUGUCGAUUCCUGCUGCACAUGUGUAUACGCAGGGAUGGGCCCUCCGUCGCAUGAUCUCAAUGUUUAACCUCAUUGUCCGGCGAGGGCACACGCCACGAGAGGCUGCUAUUGUCAGGCUAAUGGAAGGUGUUGGCUUGACGGUCAACCCCAAUGCUGAAGCUGAUGAUGGCACCAGUACACGUGCGAGUUCAGAUGAUGACGGAUGCUCGGAACAUGGAGAAUCAGAAGAACUCAGCGAUGAUGAUGAUGUCGAAGAGGGGCUUAGUGCCUGGGCUGUCUAUCCCUAUACAAACAAACCAGGCUCACGGUGA